AUGACACAGGAUUAUGCACCAGAAACACAACGGAAGGGAAACAACGUUGCCACUAUGAUAAGCGAUUUACCUAAUCCAGAAGAAAUAAGGCAUGAAGCUAUGGAGCCUGAACUUGAAUCGCUGUGGUUGAAGGCAUUAGCAUUACAGUUGAAACCAAUGAACUGUAAUACCGAGAUAUCACGGUCAGCUUUUGAAUUAUUAUCUGUGCUUGCCAUGGAACAAAUGGAUUCAAUGGCUAGCGAAUUACAUCGUAUAACCACCAUACAACGACGUCAACGAGCCGCCAAGAUGGAUGUAUCACUUUUGCUGCGAGGGUUCAACUUAGCACCAGACGAUUUGGAUAUCACAUUACAACAAACACAGCAUCUUAAAAAGCAAUAUAUCCCACAAUCUAGCACAAUUAAUAGUGAAACCCAAGAAUUAAAUAAAAUAAAAGACCAAAUAAAAAAGGAUAAACUACUUAAUAAUACACCGUUUCAAUUGAUUGAACAAGAACAAGAGGCAGCGCUUCCCCUACGGUCUUCGAAUAAUUUACAAAAAUACAUUCCUCAUUGGUUACCAAAAUUUCCACCGGAUCAUACAUAUAUGUUUACUCCACAGUAUAAUAAUCCAACUACAAAUGAGGUUUUAAUAAGGAUAAAAGCAGCUGAGGAAGGUAGACAAUCGGAGAAAUCUUUAUUGGGGUUUCUAGGUGCUCGAUACGAUAAUGAACCUUCUCUUGAUAUACCUUCAGAAAAAAAUAUAAUUGAUAAUGAAAAUGUGUUACCAAAAGUUGAAGCAACUAUAUAUCCAUAUUCAAAUAAACGUACUGGAGAAGAAUACAGGACGGGUUCAAAUCGUGUAACUAAAAGGCUGCCGUUGAGUACGUUGACCCAUAUCCCAAAGACAUUCAAUGUUGAGGAAUAUGCUCAUAAAAGAAUUGAGUUGGCUAGGGCAAAAGUUAAUGAAUAUGAAUUAAAACAAUUGCAUCGUAAUAAUGAUCCAUUUUUAAAUUUGACGAAAUUGGUUAUUCAAAACGAUAAAACCAUCAAGAAUAGAUUUCAAGUUGAUAAAGAAGUGAAGGAUACAUUACGAAAUUCUUUCCGUAUGAUGCUUUCCAGGAUACCAGAAACUCGUAAAGAAAAGGCAAGAGUAAUCCAGGAGGCAAAAAAACGUAGAGAGUUGAAACUUGAAGAAUUGAAACUGUUGCAAGAGAAACGUGAUAAGGAACGUAAGAGUGAUACAGCUACUUCCGCUCAUUUGGAGACUAUACUCUUCGAGACCAAUUUCACAGCGAAUAGAAAUAGCAACGGUGUUGGAGUUGGAAGCAAUAAUGGUGACGAUAUGGGAUUGUUCGAUACGUUAGAUAGUAGUGACGAUGAGGCUCAUCCUAUAGAUAUAAAGAUUACUACUGAUGACGGAGACGAUAAAAAUCCAGAGGAUGGAGAUAUAAACACGAUAGAUGGGACUUCGCUUCCGAAGGAGACUACAACACCAUCUUUCAAUAUUGUGCCUCGGUCAAUACAGGAUGUGGCCACCGAAGAGCAUCAUGUAACAAUAAUGGAACCAUCAAAGGUUGAAGAGAGAAAUGUUACAACUUAUACUGUUGCCAAUACGGACUUACCAGAUGGCACGACUACUGUUACAUCUGCCGCCAUAAGUACCGAUAUUACAAUGGUCACUAGCGAUAUUGCUGCCACUACUGAAGCUGUUUCUUCAGAUUCGGGGACAGAUACAGUUGCUGACACGACAAAGGCCACAAGAGUGAGUAUUGGUGUACCUGAAGCAGAUGAAGGUGAACAAUCUAUUUCAGAAAAUCAACCUGUUCAAGAACGAACUGAGUCAAAAGAAUCAGAUGAUAUAUAA